GUACGUGCAUUUUCCGACUCACAUCCAUGAUACCUGAUAAAAUAGUGUCAUUUUAAAGCUAGCUAAAAUCAGCCUUUGUGGUUUUGAGGUUUAACUAAUGGCUGCCAAGUGCAGUGACAUGAGAUGUCCCUACUCCCUACGACAUAGAGGAAAGACGGAAAGAGACCACCGCAUGACCAUGACCUCUCUCUCUCUCCCUCUGCAUUUGCAUCCCCUCUUUUCUUCCAAUAUAAAACCGAACAAGCCAAAAGGAAGACCAGAACACAACGAAAACCUGACCAUUUCUUCUCCCCGUUCUCCUUGGACCAGGAAAAGAAUCCGACCAUGGCAGAGACAGAGUGCCGCGCCUCGGACUCGGCCGACGGCCCCACCUCGGACUCGGCCGACGACUUCGAGUUCUGCAUCCUGUCGUCCGGCGGCAUCGUCCCGGCCGGAGAGAGCGCGGGGACGGACAUGUGCGUGGCCGACGAGGUCUUCUGCCAGGGCAAGCUCCUCCCGCUCCGCGCCUCCUCGGCCGCGGCCGCCGACGGCGCCACGCUGCCGAGGUCGGAGUCAGUGGCCUCCACCGUGGGCCUGGUGUCGCGGUCCGGCAGCCGCAGCGCGAGCUCGAGCUCGAGCGGCAGCAGCAGCGGGUGCGUGAGCCGGAGCCAGUCGUCCAAGAGCGCCUCCUCCGACCACGGCGCCGGGGCGCCUCCGCCGCGGCGCUCGCUGUCGAGCAGCCUGUUCUACGCGCACCCGAGCCCGUCGCCGCGGCUGCGCUCGGCGCGCCCGCGCCGCAGCACCGGGUCCGCGCAGCCCGCCGCGGCGGCGUGGGGCCUGUUUCGCUUCCGCCUCGGCGUCGUCGGCGCCCCGGACGUGUACCCUCCGCCGCCGCCGCGCCCCGCGGCCGAUGCCAAGGUCACCGCCGCAGCGAGGGGCGGAGGCAGCAGGAGCGCGCGGUUCGAACAGGUGGCCGCCGCCGUCGACAGGAAGCUUGGAUUGGCGGCGCUGUUCGGGGACAGGCUCGGCUGCAAGUGCUCGCCCGACGCCAUCAUCGAGCCCGUGCGCGCGCGCGUGCCGGAGGCGGCGAGGCGGAGCAGGGAGAAGCACGGCGCCAAGUGCGGCCGCGGCCGGGGCGUCGCCCGCCGUAGCAGGAUCCUGGACUGGCUCGAAGAGCUCUCCAUUGUGAAGGAUAAGAAGUAGGCUGGCUGGUGAUCGCUCCGUCAAGAUCGUGCCUUUCUUGAAGCAGUUUGUAUGUGUGUACGAUCAAGGAAAGGAUUAUUAAUUUUUCUUUCUUUCUUUUUAGCAUCCCUUUUUUUAGAUUCUUCUAUGUCUGACUAGGAAGCAGUGCACCGAUGCUAUGCCGAAGAAUUUUAACAGAGCGAUGGUCAAUUGCUCAUAAGUUUAAACUAGGUGAGUGCCCGUGCGUUGCAACGGAAACAUAUAUAAUACUAAAAUAAUUUAUA